CUCCGAAAGGCCAUGGUCGGCCCGUGGAUGCCCCAACUCCUGUCCUGGACGGUGAUCCUGGCGCUCUUUUUCCUUCCUCAGGCACGGCCGGCCGGCGUCUUCGAGCUUCAGAUCCAGUCUUUCCGGCCAGAACCAGGCCCGGGGGCCUCCAGGUCCCCCUGCAGCCCCCGGGGCCGCUGCCGCCUCUUCUUCAGAGUCUGCCUGAAGCCAGGGGUCUCCGAGGAGGCCGUGGAGUCCCCGUGCGCCCUGGGCGCGGCGCUGAGCGCUCGUGGGCCUGUCUACACUGAGCAGUCCCGGGCUCCCGCGCCUGACCUGCCGCUGCCCGGUGGCCUCAUGCGCGUGCCCUUCCGGGACGCCUGGCCGGGCACCUUCUCUCUCAUCAUUGAAACCUGGAGAGAGGAAUUAGGAGAGCAGAUUGGAGCCUGCGGGCCUGGCGAGGACGAGUGCGAGGCGCCGCCGGCCUGUCGAGCCGGCUGUAGCCCAGAGCACGGCUUCUGUGAGCGGCCUGGUGAAUGCCGAUGCCUGGAAGGCUGGACUGGGCCCCUCUGCACAGUCCCCGUCUCCACCAGCACCUGUCUCAGCUCUAGGGGCCCAUCCUCUGCUGUCACUGGAUGCCUCAUACCUGGUCCUGGGCCCUGUGAUGGGAAUCCGUGUGCCAACGGGGGCAGCUGUAGUGAGACAUCCGGGUCCUUCGAAUGCACCUGUCCCCGUGGGUUUUACGGGUUGCGUUGUGAGGUGAGCGGAGUGACGUGUGCGGAUGGACCCUGUUUCAAUGGCGGCUUGUGUGUGGGAGGUGCAGACCCCGACUCUGCCUACAUCUGCCACUGUCCGCCUGGUUUCCAAGGCUCCAACUGUGAGAAGAGGGUGGACCGGUGCAGCCUGCAGCCAUGCCAGAAUGGCGGGCUCUGCCUGGACCUAGGCCACGCCCUCCGCUGCAGCUGCCGCGCCGGCUUCGCGGGGCCACGCUGCGAGCACGACUUGGACUGCGCCUGCGCGCCCGGCUACAUGGGCGCGCGCUGCGAGUUUCCGGUCCACUCUGACGGCGCGGACGACGACAGCUCAGGCGCAUUGCCCGCGGCCCCGCCGGGCCUAAGGCAGGGUGACCCGCAGCGCUUUCUUUUGCCACCGGCGUUGGGGCUGCUGGUGGCCGCGGGUUUGGCCGGCGCUGCGCUCUUGCUGGUCCAUGUGCGACGCUGUGGCCCCGGCCCAGAUACUGGGUCUCGCUUGCUGGCGGGGACCCCGGAGCCAUCCGUCCUUGCGCUCCCCGAUGCACUCAACAACAUGAGGACGCAGGAGGGCUCCGGGGAUCGCCGGAGCCCGUCAGUAGAUUGGAAUCGCCCUGAAGAUGGAGACUCUCCCGAGAUUUCCGUCAUAUCUGCUCCUUCGGUCUAUGUUCGGGAGGUAGCUACCCCCUCUGCAAACAUUGCCCACGCUGGGUGGAGGCAGCCCCUGCUUUGCCGGUAGCCUUCCUUUACCUUAUCUGUAAAAUGAGGAGUCGUCUUUGGAAGGUCCUUAACCCACUUUUCAGUUCUGACUCAAUAUAAUUCUUUCUGUAGCCCUCUUGCUGCCCUUUUGAAAUGUUUGCUACCUUCCCUUUCCGGAGACCUGUUGGCUUCGAGGUUACAGUGGGGAGCUUCAGGCAGACCUUCCCCACUGAUUUCCCCUCAGUAGGGAGAGGGAGAGGGAGAGGAGGGGAGGGGCAGC